GACCACUACGAAUCAGCCACGCAGACAGAAAGCUGUUUAACACACAUCAUAGACAUUUCAACAGCCAAGGAUAGUGUUGAUUUGCAAUUCUCAGUAUCAGCAUUUGUCAAGAGACAAAUGUUGUUCAACCAACUUCUAGCAAGACUUUUUUGAUGAAUGUUGUUGUGAAUGGGAAUGCUGGUGUCCCAGGAAAGAUGAAAGCUAUGGUUAGUUGGGUUGAGGCCCAGCAGGAACAGCAAACAGUAAAUUAGUAGCUAAGACAGAAGAAAUACUGGGAGAGAGAGGGAAACAGGAUUAAGUCACAUUUGACCAUGGGGAUCCGUAGAUUAGAUUGUAUGCACCUUAAUAAACGGAAGCACCCACACCCGCUGAGUGAACAUAUUUAAUAACAUUAUUUAUGAGCCUAAGUCUUGUAAUUCUUUAUUCUUUGCAACAACUGAGACAUCUCAUCAAGUUUAAAAUUGAAAAGAAAACUAUGGUUCACAUAAAAGGUCCAGCAAUGAUGUCAUCAGAUUGUCUCCAGUGAAUCACCAGCGAUAAUGUUGUCAAACGUGAUGCUGGGUGUCCUCCUGUCCCUCCUCAUCCUUCUGACUGUCGGCGGUAAUGUGCUGGUGUGCCUGGCUGUCUGCGCCUCUCGACGCCUCCGCUGCCUCACUAACUGCUUCAUUUUGUCGCUGGCUGUCACAGACUUGCUGCUCGGCCUCUUGGUCCUCCCUUUCUCUGCCCUCCUUCAGCUCAACGAUGAUUGGCCGCUUGGCCCGGUCUUCUGCAACUUCUACAUCUCCAUGGAUGUCAUGCUGUGCACUGCCUCCAUCCUCACACUCCUGGCCAUCAGUGUGGACCGCUACCUGGCAGUGACCAUGCCUCUGAGAUACACCUCACUGGUGUUGCCAUGGAGAGUUGCUGUGGCCAUGGCCAGUGUUUGGACAGUGUCUGUGGCCGUUUCUUUCUUGCCCAUCCAAAUGGGGUGGAAUACUGUUAAUGGGACAGUGCAGAACCGCGGGCCUUGGGCUCCAGAGAGGAAAUGUCGUUUUGAGCUGAACAGACCCUACGUGCUGACAGACUCUCUUCUCACUUUCUACCUGCCUCUGAUUGCUAUGUGCUGGACCUACCUCCGAAUACUCCGCAUUGCAAGGGCACAGGCCAAACGCAUUAUCAGUGCCCGGCCCACUUGCAUCACCACCUACAACUGCAGGAACAAUCCUUCCACCACUACCACUGUGGUUUCCAGUGUUACAGCAGUGGCUCUGCGGGAGCACAAAGCCACAGUGACACUGGCAGCAGUGAUAGGGGCUUUUGUGGUGUGCUGGCUGCCAUAUUUCAUUCUGUUCACAGUGUUGGGCCUUAAGGAGCAUCCAGAUCCUAGCACAGUACCAGAAUUUCCCAUUGUGUUGUGGCUGGGUUACACAAACUCAGCCCUCAACCCUAUCCUUUAUGGAGCCCUCAACAGGGACUUCAGGUCAGCCUACGCCCAUCUACUGAGAUGUCGAUGCCCCACUUACAGUGGGUGGAGGAGCCGACAGCCGUCUCCCACUGUAACAGCAGCCAGAGGAGAGCUUACAGAGGUGACACUGCUGUGUGGCCACACCCCUUCUACUUGUAGAGCUGGUCAAACAGAUGAAAACCUCAUGCUUCAAGAAAUGGACACCAGGACAGCCACAGCAACUAUCCAAUUUGCAAAUGGCACUUCUGCCACAGAUGUCAAUGGCAAUGAGAGCUCCUCUCUGGCCUUCCUACCCUCAGGGAGUGUGUCUAAUCGGUCACACUCCUGCGCCUGGGGCCAGACAGGUGGGGCUGGUGGCAUGAGGCUGGUGCCCCCCCUCCACCCUGAGGGGCCAGAAGGCCCAGCGAAGCAGGGUGCUGGAGUAGCUCCCUCUGCCAGGCACCAAAGCACUAUGGCUGGUGGCAGCUGGUCCUCCGUCCCUCCCUCCCCUCCUCCCCUGCAUAAGCGCCCCGCGGGCAGGCAACAGGAGGGGUGA